AAAGUAUCAGAAAGAAAAACCUUCAAUUAUUAAAGAGCCUCCUAUGUUAGUAGGAAUCACAAUAAAACUAUGAAAGAAUUCAUCAUUAUAUAAACACAUAAAUCAUACGUAAUUUUCCACAUCCAAAAACAUCUAAGCAACAACUAUAGUAGUGUUUUGAAAUGGCACAUUCUUGUUUGUCAUUAAGUUUUGUUGUUGUUGGUGUUUUAUUUUUUGGAGGAAUAUUAUUUGUUGAAGCAAUUCCAAGAACAUUUUUUGUGUUUGGAGAUUCACUUGUUGAUAAUGGAAAUAACAAUUACUUGGCUACAACUGCUCGUGCCGAUGCUCCGCCGUAUGGAAUCGAUUAUCCAACUCACAGACCAACUGGUCGAUUCUCCAAUGGUUUCAACAUUCCUGAUCUUAUCAGUCAGAAACUUGGUGCAGAAGCAACAUUGCCAUAUUUAAGUCCUGAAUUAAGAGGACAAAAGCUUCUCGUUGGAGCUAACUUUGCUUCUGCUGGAAUUGGAAUACUCAAUGACACUGGAAUUCAAUUUGUUAACAUUAUAAGAAUGUAUAGACAAUAUGAGUAUUUUGAAGAGUAUCAAAAUAGAUUAAGUGCACUUAUUGGAGCAUCACAAGCAAAAACUCGUGUGAAUCAAGCACUUGUUCUAAUCACUGUUGGUGGUAAUGAUUUUGUGAAUAAUUACUACUUGGUUCCUUAUUCCGCAAGGUCCCAGCAAUAUCCAUUACCUCAAUAUGUCAAGUUUCUCAUUUCUGAGUACAAAAAACUUUUGCAGAAACUGUAUGAUUUGGGAGCUAGAAGAGUUCUUGUGACAGGAACAGGACCAAUGGGAUGUGUUCCAUCCGAAAUAGCUCAACGUGGAAGAAAUGGAGAAUGUUCAACAGAGAUUCAAAGAGCUUCAUCAUUGUUCAAUCCUCAACUUGAAAACAUGUUACUAGCACUCAACAAGAAGCUUGGUAGAGAUGUUUUCAUCGCGGCGAACACGGGAAAAACUCACCUUAAUUUCAUAAGCAACCCGGGACAAUAUGGUUUCAAAACAUCAAAAAUAGCAUGUUGUGGACAAGGACCAAACAAUGGAAUAGGUCUAUGCACACCACUUUCAAACUUGUGUUCCAAUAGAGAUGAGCAUGCAUUUUGGGAUGCAUUUCAUCCAUCUGAAAAGGCAAACAAGCUUAUUGUCAAUGAUAUCAUGUCUGGCUCUAAGGCUUACAUGAAUCCAAUGAACCUCAGCACCAUCUUAGCAUUGGAUGAAACCAUAUAAAGAUAUAAGUAAUGGCCCAAUUAAUAAAACCAAGCACAAGUAUAUGCUUUGGAUAUCAUAUAUUCAGUUCAUCACAUGACAUGAUUUCUAGCUCAUUGCUUCGUUUUGUUAUUGUAACUUUGCUUUCUCUAGUUCUCUUUAUGAUUGUGAAACAUAAUCAAUAAAAGAGAGUGGGUUGCUUUGUGUGUUUUUUAGUCUUUUCCAAAAUGUUGUUUCAUGGUCUUUUAUGUGUGAAAGCUAUAUGAAAAGUACUAAUUUCAUGUACCUUGUAUUGAAAUGAAUGAAAAGAAGUUUAGCUUUAUA